AAUAAAUACAUUAUAAAAAUGAACAGGUAAUGUAAAAUGAUCCAUUCUAGUUCUGAUGCUUCGUGAAUCGUUAGUGAAGUGAACAGCUAAAAGGAUGUAUUUGAAAAUGUUGAUCGUCCUUUUCCUAGGUUCUGGAUCUACAGCUUCAGCUUCGGUAAAACAAUUCCUUGGCAAGGCGGGCUUACCGUUGAAACACACAGUCAUCAGUGAAGCUACAAGAUCUUUUGAAAAUAUAAAGAGAGGUCUAUCCAACACCGGUAACAAGAUUAUCCAACGAGAUUGCUUGAACAAGACGCAGGAUACAAACCCAUUUAACAAAGAAGUAGAAGGUGAGAAACGUAACUCCAAUGAUGCUGAUUGGCAACGGUUCAUUGAUGUACGCAUAGGAAAAACUUACGAAGAUCAUGUAAAGGGUAUACCAAAUGAGGAUAGUAUCAAGGAACAUGCUACUCUAAAUUCAGCAUAUACUUCAGAUGGGAAUGCAGCGACAACCAUAUCGGAAGCAAAUAUAUCGGAAAUUAAAGAUGAAAAUCAAUCCCAGCUCCCCCAAAUGGCGGAAGAAACACUGCUCACAGACGAAAGAAGUAGCCACGCUGUGCCAAACUUAAAUUCUCGUCACAUAUUUGACGAUGACCUGUCUAAACUGCCGCUUCUUGUGAACAUAUUAAAUGGAACACCCAAUAAGCUUAAAGAAAUACCAUUCCUGGAUACCGAAGUGCCAAUUAUUCCCGGACAACAAGGCUCAUCUAGAAUACUGAUCCCAACCAAUGAUGAAUCUGUUAUCCAGCAGACUGUCAAAUACUCGAAAAAGCAUACUACAACUUCUGAGUCAGCUGAGCAUCGAAGCAUUAGAGUGAAUAAGUCAAGAGUCCCACAUGCGCAUCACUUAUUAAAAGACAACGAUGUCCAUCAUAGCCAUACUUCUGCAGAAGGAUCUUUAAAUCCUGGACAAAGUAUUCUUCAACAUCUAGACUUUGCCCAGAUGCUGACACCAGUUGUAGAAGAAUCGGUGUCUCAACAAAAUCAGAGAAUAAUAGGAAAUUCUAUUAGGAAGGAUACUUCAUAUUCAGGUUUAUCUGAAUAUAAAAGCGAUGUAGUUCAGAAAUUAACAACUCCAGAGAUUUCAACGGCACACCACGAAUCAAUAGGUAACCAUGGUGAAAGUGUAGGAAUAGAGAGAGGCAUCCAUGGCUACCCUUUUCUUCAACCAACAGGACUACAUCCCAGUUCCAUGCAAGGUGUUCCUCAACAACUUAGUAUUGCCCAAAUACUGACACCAUAUGUGAAGGAAUCGCUAUCUCAACAAGACCAACAGAAAAUAGUUGAGAAUUAUAUUAGGAAGGACACUGCAUCUUCAGGAUUAUCUGGAUACCAAAGCAAUGUAGUUCAGGAAUUAACCAUUCCACAUGCUUCAUCGGCACAUCACACAUCAAUAAGUAAUCAUGGUGAAACUGUGAGAACAGAUAGAGACAGUUUCUACAUUCAAAGCUACCCAGUUCUUCAACCAACAGUUAUUACUUCAUCCGGAUUAUAUUCCAGUGCUGUACAAGGUGUUCCUCAACAACUUAAAAUACUGUCACCAGCCGUGGAGGAAUCACUGUCUCAACAAAACCAACACAGAGUAGUUGGAAAUUCUAUUAGGAAGGAUACCCUAUCUUCAGGCUUGUCUGGAUACCGAAGCAAUGUAGUUCAGAAAUUAACCAUUCCUACGUAUCCAGAGGUACACCACACGUUAACAGGUAUUCAUGGUGAAAGUGCAGAAAUAGAUGGACACAGUACGUAUACCCAAGAUUAUUCAGCUCUUCAGCCGUCAAGAGGUAUUACUGCUUCAGUAGUGUAUUCAGGCUCUGUAAAAAGUAUUCCUCAACAACUAGGUAAUGCCCAAAUACUGCCGUCAAUAGUUGGACAACAAACGAAUCGAGACUCUUGGAAGGAUGCUACACCUUCAGAAUUGUUUGGACAUCAAAGCUCGACUAUCAAUAGACAGACCAUUUCUCAACCUCCAAAUGUACAGCACUCGUCAAAAUGCAACCCUGGAGGAAGGUGUGUGGGACAGCAGCUACAUCAAGAAGUUGUUACAUCCAUGGGAUCUUUAGGAGCCAUUGGCCAAACUUUGUAUACCUACGGCCAACCAGUUAUCCGUCCAGUUAUUGAAGUGCCUCAGCAAACCGUACAACAGACUACAAAAUAUACUGGACAUAAUACGUUUUCUUCAGGAUUUGGAGAUAUGAGCUCUACAGCCCAGAAGUCGUCCUUUUCUCAAGAGUCACAGCAUCAACACAUAUCAUCAAGCAGUCAUGGAGGAAGUCAACAUCUUCAGAAUCAGCAACUCCAUACAGCAGGACCAGAUAUACAUCACCCAUGUAAUCAUAACCACCAUGCUAUUGGACCGAUGGCUCAACAUCCUCCUGAAGUUAAGGUUACCAGGAAUGUAGAAUACCAUGGGUUAAUCAUACCAAGCCAUAUAAACUUACGACGGCAAUUUACACCAAUCAACGCACUUUGGGAUACAUAUUUGUUACUCAAGGAUCAGCAUAUCCCGCUAGUCGCAUAUAACCUACACAAUGGUGUAGUGCAUCAAGGAUUUCUACACAACAGAGGGAAUUUUCCUGAAUCUGAAGUUUCUUCGACUGAGUUGCCUUCAACUGGCACUGGCUCUCCCCAUAGGGUAUUUCUAUCAAAUAGAGGGUCCUUGCGUGAAUCUGAUGUUUCUUCUACUUCUUCUCCACAUCAGAGAUCACUACAUAACGCUACAUCUUUUCCUGAAUCAGACGUUUCUUCAAGUGAGUUUUCUUCCUCUACAAUAAAGAUUUCUAUGGAGAAGGGUGAAUCUAAGGGAGAUUUGACGGAAGAAGUUCCAAUGGCGCAGACUGUUUCGACAACAGAAGAGGCUACAGGAAGAAAUAUGCAGGGUCUUGUUGCAGAUGAGCAUGGAGAGAAUGGACAAAAUCAACACAUCACCGUAGCGCCCAGGAGCGAUGCUGAAGAAGCGGUUAGGAUUAUCUUUAGAGAAGACAAAUAAAU